UCCCCACCUGUGAAUCCUUCUCUUUCUCAAGUCAGCUUGAUGUUGCAUGUUCCCUUAGUACCUGACUGUCAAUUAGGAGUAAAGGACUAACUGUUUUCUUCUGUAAAAGCCAUUUCAAAUAGACUCACCAUCUGAGAGGAUGGCCCCGCCCUUGGCAAGAUCUGCUCCAAGUGAGCUCAACCAUUGGUGGAGACAGUUUAGGUUCCGCCUCCAGAACAGGAAGGGGUGGAAAGAGAUGCUGGAUGAAACUUUUUUGCUGCAGAACAAAAGGACAAAUGGCGUCCCUCUCUUUUUUGCCGCCAAAGAGAACAGUGCAGGUUGUAUUAAGAAACUUCUGGACAGUGCGUCCACUAACAUCUUUGAGAGAGGGGCUCUGGGGGAGACCGCGCUGCAUGUGGCAGUUAUGAAUGAUAACAUGGAAGCUGCUUUAGCUCUGAUGGACGGAGCACCUGAACUCAUCAAUGAGCCCAUGACCUCUGACCUCUUCCUUGGCAUGACACCUCUCCACAUUGCCGUGGUGAAUCAGAACUUUAACUUGGUCCGCAGUCUGAUUGGUAAAGGGGCAGAUGUGGCCACACCCAGAGUCACAGGCCUGUAUUUCAGGAAGAGAAGAGGAGGGCUGCUCUACUAUGGUGAGCACAUCCUGGCAUUUGCGGCCUGUGUGGGGAAUCAGGACAUAAUUUCCAUGGUGAUCAACGCAGGAGCCAGCACCAGGGCCCAGGACUCCAUUGGUAACACAGUGCUCCACAUCCUGGUCCUGCAGCCCAAUAAGGCUAUAGCAUGCCUGGUGUUGGAUCUGCUGUUGGCACGUGACGUUGAGCUGGACCAGGCUGUGCCACUGGACAUGGUGCCCAACUACCAUGGCUUAACACCCUUCAAACUGGCUGCCAAGGAGGGCAACCUUGUGGCCUUCCAGCACCUGGUCAAUCGGAGGCGAAUCAACCAGUGGAACCUGGGACCCUUGACCUCUAACCUCUAUGACCUCACAGAGAUCGACUCCUUGGUCACCGACGACGACUGCUCUGUGCUUGAGCUCAUCGUGGGCAGCCAGAGGAGAGAGGCAAGGAGGAUACUGGAAGUGACUCCUGUUAGGCAAUUGGUCAGUCUCAAGUGGAACCUCUAUGGAAAACACUACUUUAGGUUGUUGCUGCUGCUGUACCUCCUGUACAUUGGGACCUUCACACUGUGUUGUGUGUAUCGCCCUCUAAAGGACGCUCCAGAGAAUUACACUGUAUCUGACAUGGACAAAACCAUCCGCGUGCAGAAAACUCUGAAGGAGAGUUAUGUGACCUAUGGGGACAACUUGCGUCUGGCAGGAGAGAUGAUCAGUGUCCUGGGUGCCCUGGUUAUUCUGCUACUGGAGAUCCCAGAUAUGCUGAGAGUGGGGGCCAAGCAUUACUUUGGACAAACGGCCCUGGGGGGGCCCUUCCAUGUCAUUCUUAUUGCCUAUGCGUUCCUGGUGGUGCUGCUGUGUGUGUUCAGGGUCAGUGGGGUGCAGGGGGAGACAGUUGUCAUGGCUGUGUGUCUGGUGCUGGGCUGGAGCAACGUCAUGUUCUUCGCCCGAGGCUUUCAGAUGCUGGGGCCUUACGUCAUCAUGAUACAGAAGAUUAUAUUUGGAGACCUGACCAAGUUCAUGUGGCUGAGCUUCAUCGUGCUCAUAGGGUUUUCCACCUCCCUGUGGAUGGUGUACAUGACUCAGGACCCAGACUCUCUACCUGCGUACCGCUCCUUCCCCAUCACGCUGUUCUCUCAGUUUGAGCUGAGUGUGGGUCUGAUAGACCUGCCAGUGGACCACACCAUCACAACGCCCCCUAUUGUCCAUGUGCUGCACUGCACCUUCUCUGUGGUCUCCUACAUAUUGCUGCUCAACCUGCUCACAGCCAUGAUGAGUGAUACACAAUGGAGAGUUGCCCAGGAGAGGGAUGAGCUCUGGAGGACACAGGUGGUGGCCACUACCCUGAUGUUGGAGAGAAGGUUGCCCCGCUGCCUGUGGCCCCGGCUGGGGGUGUGUGGACUGCUCUACGGCCUGGGGGAGCGUUGGUACCUCCGGGUUGAGGAUCGCAACGACCCACUGGUGCAAAAGAUGCGUCGCUACAUCCAAGCCUUCUCUAAGGAUGAGGACCAGAGCAAGGAGCGGGAGGAGAUGGAGAAGACUGACAUGUCAAAAGGACCUGGAAGCCCUGUGAUCAGACCCAAACACAGAGGUGGGAUAGAUGGAAACAGGAAGUCCCUGGCACGCUGGCAGAUGAUUCGCCACAGCGCUUUGGGUUUAGAUGUGGAACAGGAAGAGCCUGAGGAUGGCCAGGAAGUAAGAUAGAUCUGAGGUUUAAGACAACAAAAAAGAUUGUUAUGUUGUUAUUAUAUAGUAUACGAGGCACACACACAUUUUGAAACACACAUGCAAACACACACUCAGACACACACAUAAUGUCUCUCCUACAUACUCCAUAAAAAUACCUGAAAAUCAUGAUGAAAGUGUAUACAGCAUCCUAAUCAGUGCCCCUCCCCCCAUAUUCUCCAUGGUAAGUGGUUCCUUCCUAGGUGAACCACUGAGCAAAGAUACAGUGCCUUGCGAAAGUAUUCGGCCCCCCUUGAACUUUGCGACCUUUUGCCACAUUUCAGGCUUCAAACAUAAAGAUAUAAAACUGUAUUUUUUUGUGAAGAAUCAACAACAAGUGGGACACAAUCAUGAAGUGGAACGACAUUUAUUGGAUAUUUCAAACUUUUUUAACAAAUCAAAAACGGACCAUUCCGUUGGCCAGGUCUUGGUAGAUUUGCAGUGGUCUGAUACUCCUUCCAUUUCAAUAUUAUCGCUUGCACAGUGCUCCUUGGGAUGUUUAAAGCUAGGGAAAUCUUUUUGUAUCCAAAUCCUGCGUUAAACUUCUUCACAACAGUAUCUCGGACCUGCCUGGUGUGUUCCUUGUUCUUCAUGAUGCUCUCUGCGCUUUUGACGGACCUCUGAGACUAUCACAGUGCAGGUGCAUUUAUACGGAGACUUGAUUACACACAGGUGGAUUGUAUUUAUCAUCAUUAGUCAUUUAGGUCAACAUUGGAUCAUUCAGAGAUCCUCACUGAACUUCUGGAGAGAGUUUGCUGCACUGAAAGUAAAGGGGCUGAAUAAUUUUGCACGCCCAAUUUUUCAGUUUUUGAUUUGUUAAAAAAGUUUGAAAUAUCCAAUAAAUGUCGUUCCACUUCAUGAUUGUGUCCCACUUGUUGUUGAUUCUUCACAAAAAAAUACAGUUUUAUAUCUUUAUGUUUGAAGCCUGAAAUGUGGCAAAAGGUCGCAAAGUUCAAGGGGGCCGAAUACUUUCGCAAGGCACUGUAUGUGUGAAGACAGUAUCAUGAGUGAAGGAGGAGAGAGUGUCGAGUGACACACAGCGUUUCAUCUGAUUUUAGCUGCCGGUGAUGGGCAGGACUGUUUGUUAAUUAAUUUGAUCAAGCUGAUGUUGAUUCCUUCUUGAUGAAUAAAUACAGCAAGAAGUAAAGAAGUGCACCUUCAGAGGGGUUGCUGAUGACACUGACGAAGGCUGAAACGUUUGUCUAUCUACCCACCCUUGAAUGAAAUAAAUACUAAAAAUGUA